GCGCAGCAGGGCGAGAAGAAGACAACGACGAGGAGUCCGAAGCGUCCGAGGAUCAUUCUACGUUUGUCGCGUUAGGAGUCUGCCCUUGUUCACCAUGCCGCUGGAAAAUAUGGAAGACGAGAGCCUGGAGAAGAAUCCCAACCUCGAGUUGGCACAGAUGAAGUUCCUGCUGGCCCGCCACGAGCCCCAUAACGACAAGCUCAAGCAAGAUCUCAUGGCAGCCAUCACCGAUCAGAACAUGGCGCCCUUCUACGAGGAGACGUGCGCCGACCUGGGCUGGACCAUCGAUCAGGACCUGGCGGCAAGGAUGAGGGUUGCCAACGUAAAAGAGUUGGCUCGUCUCGACGCGGCCAUCGAGGACGCCGAGAAGAACUUGAGCGAGACGGAGGUCCGCGAAGCGUACCUGCGCAAGGCGGAGUACCUGAGCCGCAUCGGUGACAAGGCUGCGGCGUUGGCACAGCUGAACAAGACGUACGAGAAGACGGUGGCUCUCGGUCACCGACUGGACGUGCUCUUCCACAUAAUCCGCCUGGGUCUCUUCUACAUGGACCACGACCUCAUCACGCGCAACAUUGACAGGGCCAAGACUCUGAUUGAAGAGCGCGGCGACUGGGACCGAAGGAACCGGCUCAAGGUGUACGUGGGACUGUACAGCAUCGCGGUGCGGGACUUCAAGAAGGCCGCCACCCUGUUCCUAGACACGGUGUCCACCUUCACCUGCUACGAACUGAUGGACUACGAGCGCUUCGUCACCUACACGGUCAUCACCUGCGUCAUCUCCAUGCCCCGUGUCGAGCUCCUCGACAAGGUUGUCAAAGGACCCGAGAUCCUGGAAGUGAUGCACGGCAUACCAGACAUCAGCGAGUACCUCUUCUCCCUCUACAAAUGCCGCUAUGCCAUCUUCUUCAGGAAGCUCGCGUACGUAGAGCAGCUGCUCUUACGCGACCGCAUCUGGUCUCCGCACGUGCGCUACUACGUGCGCGAGAUGCGCAUCCUGGCCUACUCACAGCUGCUGGAGUCCUACCGCAGCCUGACGCUGCAGUACAUGGCGGACACCUUCGGAGUCACCGUGUCCUUCAUUGACCAGGAGCUGGCGCGUUUCAUUGCGGCCGGGCGUCUCAACUGCAAGAUCGACAAAGUGGGAGGAGUGGUCGAGACCACGCGGCCUGACAGCAAGAACUACCAGUACCAGGCAUGCAUAAAGCAGGGAGACAUCCUCCUCAACAGGAUACAGAAGCUGAGUCGCGUCAUCAACAUCUGAGCAUCGUCGCCGGACCACUUCGACUCUUCGCGGGCUCCCCUCGCAAGUUCGUUCACUGUACGGCCCCGCCCUCCUGCUCCUCUUUUUUCU